CUCAAUUUUCUCUCCUUUUUUUUUUUCUCCGGCGAACCCUGCCGGCGCCGGCGAUAUCGACUUCCUCAUGGAUCCCUGCCUCUUCCUUCGGGUUCUCGUCGGGAACUUGGCAGUUAAGUUUCCGGUUGCCGCUAAACCCUCCUUCUCCGGCGUACAUCCGUCGUCUUCUCCAUGUUUCUGUAAAAUUAAACUCAAGGACUUUCCGACGCAGUUCGUCACCGUUCCUCUCCUCGUCGAUGGCGAAACUUCCGACGCGACCAGUUCUUCUUCUUCUUCGUCUCAAUCUCACUCUUCACUCGCUUCCUGUUUUAGCCUCAAUAAAUCUCAGAUUGAGAAGCUUAUUUCGAAGCGGAAGGAUCUGUCGGUGAAGAUCGAGGUCUUCACCGGCGGCCGUGCUCCGGCCAGUUGCGGCGGCAAUAUUCUCAGAAGCUCUGCGAAGUUACUCGGCCGAAUCGUCGUGCCGAUCACUGCUUCGAGUCUGGCAGAAACCAAACCGUGCUUGUUCCAGAACGGCUGGACUGGAAUCGGCGAGGGUAAAAGAGGUAACUCGUCGGCUCAAUUGCACUUGACGGUUCGCGCUGAGCCGGAUCCUAGAUUCGUGUUCCGGUUCGAUGGUGAACCGGAGUGUAGUCCUCAGGUUUUUCAGGUGCAAGGAAGUGUAUGCCAACCGGUUUUUACUUGCAAAUUCGGUUUCAGAAACGAACGGGAUUGGGAUCGUUCAAGGUCGUCAAUUUCUGAACAAAGUAGCACUUCGAAGAGUUGGUUACCGAAGAUCCGAUCCGAGAAGGACCAAUCGGCAAACGAGCGAAAAGGAUGGUCCAUAACGAUCCAUGAUCUUUCCGGAUCGCCGGUUGCCGCUGCGUCGAUGGUGACGCCGUUCGUCCCGUCGCCAGGAUCACACCGUGUAAGCCGCUCAAAUCCCGGCGCGUGGCUAAUUCUCCGGCCGGUAGAUGGUAGCUGGAGGCCGUGGGGCCGUCUCGAGGCCUGGCGGGAGAGCGGCGGCUCCGAUUCAAUCGGCUACCGUUUCGAACUCCUCCCGACGAUCUCCGCUGCUGCCCCGUUGGCUACCUCCACCAUAAGCUCGAGCGCUGGCGGUAAGUUCACAAUCGACAUUACCGGCAGUGCGUCGCCAACGAUUAGCCCUAACGGAAGCUUCGACCUCAGUUCGAGUUCCGGAUCUCGACCCGGAUCCGGGGAUUUCGGGUACUUGUCGUCGUAUCAGUACAAAGGAUUUGUGAUGUCGACGACAGUGGAAGGGAUGAAGAAGCAGAGCCGGCGGCCGGAGGUGGAGGUGGCGGUGCAGCACGUGACUUGCACAGAGGACGCAGCGGUGUUUGUGGCGUUGGCGGCGGCGGUGGACCUGAGCAUGGACGCCUGCAGGCUGUUCUCUCAGAAGCUAAGGAAGGAGCUUAGGCAAUGAAAAGUUUGUCGUCGUUUUGUGUGAAUGCGCUUGUCGUUUUGUAAUUUUAUAUUCAUUUUCUAUUUAUUUAUUUUUCAAUAGUUGAGCUGUACUUUUGUAUAGAGGAAUUAUUUUUCAA